CGCCCAUUACCCGUUUCUUCUCAUCCGCACCCACCCAUUCCCGAGAACAAAAAAAAGUAGUUCCGAUUCGCUCCUCCUCUCGCGAAGCAACUGGUCUGCCGGCGCCAGCCAGCCAUGUCGUCGCUCGCCGUCGGCCGCGGGCCGGACCUGGACUUGGAGUUGGGGAUCUGGUUCGCGGGUCUCUUCUCUGGGCCGGAGCUUGCGGCGGCGGAGCUGCUGCUGCAGCUCAGCGUUCUCGGAGAGGCGAAGGCGGAGCCCACCAAGUCCUCGCGGUGUUCGGCGGGCUCGCGCUGCGAGGGCCUCUCCGUCGAGGCAGAGGAGCGGGUCGUCGAGGAGAUUCCAGCGGCGGCGUACACGGAGCUGGACAGGCGGGCGAGGAAGAGGCACCGCCUGCUGUCGGAGCUCUACGCCGACACGAUCCCCGCGAAAUCCGCUGCCGCCGCGAAGAAGAAGAGCAGGAAGACGCACCACGACCACGGCGGGUCGUCAUCGGAGUCCAAGGAGACGAGGAGGGAGACGAUUAGCACCAACAAAACCAGAGGUGAGAGGAGGAGGUGCUAACCAUUACGACGGCAGAACCCCUCCCUCCUCCUCCCAAUAGUUGGGAUACGUACUCCUCAACUCCUAUCUCGUGGAAAUCCUCAACUCCUAUCUUGUUGAAAUGAAAUCGCCAGCGUUCAUGCCUUGCAUGUAAAAAAAAAUUAAAUCUUGGUGUGUGUGCUUACAUGUAAUAAGUACAUUUUCGCAAAAAAAAAAUACAUGUAAUAAGUACAAGGAGAGAAGAAAUACUAUUCAAAUUCAAAUUCUUGGGGGACGGAUGCGACCUGACCUUGGAAGCUCA